CUUGCAAUAAGCUCAAAAGUCGUACAAUCUAACAUCUUUUUUCAACUCUUUCCCACUAUCGUACCAAGAAUACAAACAAGAACUAAACACUCUGACAUAAGAUCAAUAACAAAGCUUUUGUAUUUGAUUUCAUCGUUCUGAAACAAACCAAGCUAAUGGGUUUUUCAAAUUUCUUCAUUUUUCUUCUUUUGAUUGCAUUUUCAUCUUAUUUGAUGAAGCCAAGUUGUGGAAAUGCAGAGAUAAGAGCAUUAAUGGAUAUAAGAGCAUCUUUGGACCCAGAAAAUAAGUACUUAUCUUCCUGGGUCAGUGAUGGGGAUCCGUGCAGUGGGAAAUUUGAUGGCGUGGCAUGUAAUGAGCACCGAAAAGUGGUUAAUAUUUCACUGCAAAGUAAAGGGCUCACCGGAAAAGUGUCGCCGGCGGUGGCGGAGCUCAAGUGUUUGUCGGGUCUGUACUUGCAUUACAAUUCUUUGACUGGAGAAAUACCCAAGGAGAUUGCUAAUCUCACUGAAUUGACAGAUCUUUAUCUCAAUGUGAAUAAUCUAUCAGGGAUUAUACCGCCGGAGAUCGGAAGCAUGGCUAGACUUCAAGUGCUGCAGCUAUGUUGUAACCAGUUCACAGGGAGCAUACCUAAAGAGAUGGGGUUCUUAAAAAAGUUGAGUGUUCUUACACUGCAAUACAAUAGACUAACUGGGCAGAUUCCUGAAAGCCUAGGAAAUUUGGGAGGGCUUAGAAGGCUAUAUUUGAGCUUCAAUCGACUAUCCGGUCCGAUACCAGUUAGAUUGGCGAAUGUUCCCCAACUGGAGGUUCUAGAUGUGCAAAACAAUACCCUUUCUGGGGUUGUGCCUUCUGGUGAGUUGAUUUCAUUAUAUUCAUGAGUUCAGCUGUUUUAGAAGAAUGUUUCAUAAAAGGAUUAAA